AUGAGCGCCAAAGCCAGACAGGCUCCCACAAGUUGGGAUGCCUAUGAGCGUGGUCGGGCAUCCUCCUUUGGUUCCCUCGAGUCCGUACCCGAAGACGAGCAGCAGAACAUCCUCUCCUCCUCCACCCCAGCAACACAUCAUAUCCCUCCAUUACAUGGGGAAGGUCAAGAGCACGGAAGUUUACGGCGGAGAUCUUCUUUUACCAAGAGAAUUGACCAUUUGAUGCAGAUGGGUGGACCCAAUAGUAUCGACAACUUUGCAAAGUCGUUUCAAAGAGCUGCGGGAUUUCGUGAGAUCACACCGGUGCGGAGGAACUCGGUCAGCUUCUCAGAAACCGAUCAAGAGGCAGCUCCAGCCAGUGCUGAACAGAGCACAGCAGCCCCCAACAGGUCCCUCCUGAGACAACAGCUUCAAGACUAUGAUUUUGGAGCCGAAAAUGAUUCCGCCCUGCAGGAUGAACGAGCUCCAGAUAAUCAAGAGCCGACAGAAGAGUCAGCGCUCUUGCCUGUUGAAAGUCGCCAAACUUUCAAAUCCACGACUGGCUCUCUCGUUCCAGGCUCACUGCUACCGCACGAGUUGGGCACAAGCUAUGGAAGUAUCUCCUCCAAGUUGACGGCAACUGCUCGGCAACGCGCAUCAAUCCUUAUUAUGGAACAGGAGGAAGCCAGCAGGCGAGCACGGCAGGACUCAGAGACCUUAAAGGAAGAACCUCAACCUCACCGACAUGUUGAACGGGAGAUUCUCCCUGAUGGAGAGGUCAUGGAGCGAAUAGUCGGCGAGUCAACCGUUCCUAUGACUGUCUUCAACUCUACGAAUGUGUUGAUUGGAGUUGGCAUCCUCGCCCUGCCACUGGGUAUCAGAUACUCUGGAUGGGUCAUGGGUCUCGCUUUCUUGACUCUCGCCGCCAUCGGCACCUCGUACACGGCUAGAUUAUUGGCAAAAUGUCUGGAUUCAAACACCGGUUCAACAACGUACGGAGACAUCGCUUACUUGGCAUUUGAUACUUGGGGCAGACACUUUGUUGAAGCCUUGUUCAUCCUAGAGCUGACGGCUGCAAAUGUCGCAUUGAUCAUUCUGUUCGCCGACAGCAUGAACUCUCUGAUACCCGGUGUUUCCGUGGUUGAGUGGAAGGUCAUUAUUUCUCUGGGCCUGAUUCCAUUGAAUUUUGUUCCUUUCAAGACCUUGAGUUUCACCAGUGUCAUUGGCAUCUUCUGCUGUCUUGGCAUCAUCAUUAUUGUCUUUGCAGAUGGCCUUAUCAAGCCUCGAAGUCCUGGCUCUUUGAGGGAAGUGGCUAAGACUUGGGCAUUUCCCGAAGAUUGGAGAACCGUUCCGCUCAGCCUGGGUCUAUUCAUGGCUCCAUGGGGUGGCCAUAGCGUCUUCCCGGCCAUAUACAAGGACAUGCGACAUCCACACAAAUACGGGCGCGCUUUGAAGUACACCUACUUCUUCACCUACGGCCUUGACCUGACUAUGGCUGUGCUAGGAUACCUCAUGUUCGGCGACAAGGUACGCGACGAAGUGACCUCUAAUAUCCUCCGUUCGACCGCCUACCCUCACGUCCUAUCUGUGAUCAUUGUCGUUCUCAUCGCCAUCAUCCCUAUUACCAAGAUCCCGCUUUCAAACCGGCCUGUGAUGGACACACUCAACAAAAAAUUCUACAUUGACCUUCGCCAGAUGGAUGCCAAGGCGCGCGCAUACAGUGAACGAUCGCUCAAACACCGUACUGCACGAGGCCUCAUCGGUGUAUUGGCGAAUGUGGUCCAACUCGGCAUCGCUAUUGGAUUUCCGGACUUUGACAGCAUUAUGGCCCUCAUGGGUUCGGCUUUGUGUUUUACAAUUUGCAUCAUCCUGCCCGUCAGCUUUUAUCUAGUGAUUUUCAGCUCCGAAGGCAAGGAGAUUGGGUUGGCGGAGAAGAUUCUUGACUGGGUUUUGUUGGUGGUUUGCAUCUGCCUGGCGGUGUUGGGGACUGUAUUUGCUAUUUUGCCCAAGAACAAGAUUGGGGCUUCGGUUUGA